GGUAGCGGCAGAUUCCACCUCGUCUCGCGAUUUCUUCGCAAUAGUUACACACUUGUGUCAUCAAUCUCUCGCCCGAUUUUCCGCCCGUUCUCAGUGCGUUUUGAUCUCGCAUGGGCAUCGUUGCUGUUGCGUGAGUUGCAGUGGAGUUUAGGUGUUUCAUUUGCUAGGGUCUCGUGGAACAACAGGAUUGUGUUUUUUUGUUUUGUUUUGUUUUGUUUUGUUUUGUUUUUUUUUUUUUUUCUCUAUCUCUAUUUUUUAGCUUUUAGUUUUAUUUUUAUUUUUGGAAGAGGUUAGCGAGCGGAUGAUCAAGCGGAAGCAUGUCUGGAGGGUGAUGGAAACGGGGAUGGAUUUCGGCGAAGAUGUUUGGAGAGCAUGACUGUUGUUAAUAGUUGUUAGCUUCUGGUGUGUUGGAGAUUUAUGAAGCGCGCGACGGUGCAGGAGGGGAUUAGAUUGUGUGUAUGGAGAUAGGCGAGAGAAAGGGUUUAGCGUGGGGCUGUUACUAGAGUGGACUCUCUUCCGAGCUUGUCGUAGCUCAGCGCGACAGGACGGAUUGCUUCUGCGACCAUGGGCGACGAUAAAGCUUCACCAUCGCGACAGGAGGGGAGUGACAGGGAGUUGCUCAUGGUUGGACAUGGAGAGGAUUUAGAGGAUCCUCAGAAACCCGGCCAGCCUUCACCUUCAGCUUAUCGUCCAGGACGGGAGAUCGCUCGGCUACCAAGUUCACAUUUGAGAAAUACUGGAAGAUCUGGAAGUGUGAAAGGAGGAGCAAAUCAGGCGUUUUCUGGUUUCUUCUCAAAUUGGGCAUCGAAGAAGUUCAUGAGCGGCUGCGUUAUCCUGUUGCCCAUAGCGGUUACAUUCUACAUUACGUGGUGGUUUAUCCAAUUUUUCGACAGCUUCUUUUCUCCAGUUUAUGAUUAUCUCGGCAUUCAUGUGUUUGGACUUGGCUUUGUGACAUCAUUUGCGUUCAUAUUUCUGGUGGGAGUAUUUGGAGCAUCGUGGAUUGGAACAUCUGUGAUAACGGUUGGCGAAUGGUUCAUCAAGCGCAUGCCACUUGUGAAGCAAGUUUACUCUGCUUCGAAGCAAAUUAGUGCUGCCAUUUCUCCAGAUCAAAAUACACAGGCAUUCAAAGAGGUAGCUAUAAUUCGCCAUCCUCGAAUUGGAGAGUACGCGUUUGGGUUCAUCACUUCCACGCUUGUUCUUCAGAACGAGUCUGGGGACGAGGAGCUGUGCAGUAUAUAUGUACCUACGAAUCACCUUUACAUCGGCGAUAUUUUCCUUGUGAAUUCGAAGGACGUGAUCCGACCGAGCUUGUCCGUGCGGGAAGGCAUCGAGAUUGUGGUGUCGGGAGGAAUGUCGAUGCCGCAAGUGAUAACGCCGAUGUCAUCUCCUCCAUCAAAUCGAGUCAUUGUAUCGAGAUGAAGGGCUUGUAUGUGGAUUUUUCGGGGCACAGUGCGGACCCCGUCGGAUGGUGGGUGGUACACCAUUGAAAGAGCCGAGUAUGGUCGGAACCGGCCAUUUGAAGAAUAGUAGUCUGAAGGAGGGGUGGGAUUUUCUUCUUUAAAUUGCUGAUGUUGGAGGGGCUCCGUUGAUGAAGUCGCCUCCUCCAUCUUUUUGUACUCAAGCCACGUCCUUGUUGGUACGUGGAGUUAGUUUUCGUCGCUGAAUUGGGCUGGAAUGUAGGUAACAGUGUCGCAAGCUUGAAUGGUCAAAGCACGAUGCUGUUGUGUUAAUUUUGCAGUUUUAGGCUCAUUUCUACCCGGUGUGCUUACUUUCAUGCAUUUGCUUGAUUUUUGUAUGGGCAGCACUCUCUGCUAAGGUUUCUUGUAUUUUGUGAAUGGUUGUAUUAGAGCUGCUUUUUUAAUUU